AUGGCUCACAAAAACAUUCUUGACUUCGAUCUUCCUAGGACUCGGCGUGACUCGGGUAUCAUCACUCCAAGUCUCGCUCUGAACUCAUUCCUGGAAUACUUUGAGAAUCCCGAUGCACCUAUCCGAGGAGCUAUUGUGUCAGUCUACCAGGCAGGUGCAUGGUUGGGAAGUGCUUCUGUCGGUAUAACCAGUGACAGACUUGGAAGACGGAAAGCGAUUGCGUUCGGGUGCGCUUUUGGGGUCCUCGGGGGUGCGCUGAUGACCGGUGCGGCACAUGUUGCUAUGCUCAUCAUCGGUCGCAUACUUGUUGGAUAUGCCGUUGGCACAAUCACCGGGGUUGCACCGGUGUUUGGAGCGGAGAUUGCAAAGAGCAAGAAUCAACGCAGUUACCCAGAUGAGUUGAGUCGCCCGCAUCCCAAAAGCUGGCUGAGAGUUACUGACCUUCGAGUAGGGGAAGGCAAGUGGCAUAACCCCAACCAGUGGAGGCUCGGUUUCGCCGUCCAGAGCAUCCCUGCCCUCGCCCUUGGGGUUGGAGUCCUUUUUAUCAGUGAGUCGCCAAGAUGGCUUUGCCUGAAAAACCGUCAUGCAGAAGCCGAGAAAGCCUUUCGCAGCUAUCACCACAAUGGCUCCAACGAUGAGUGGUGCAGAGAGGAGUUCAGGCGUUUACAAGCCAAUAUUGAAAUCGAGCUGCAAGCUCGAGGCUGUCUUUCCUGGGCAGAGCUCCUCAAGGCGCCGGCCUUCAGGAAACGUCUUUUUGUCGGAUCCUUUGUGUGGGCGGCUGCGAUGUUGAGCGGCAUCAGCUUUAUCCAAUAUUUGCAACCAGCCAUCCAUGCAACACUGCAGUAUAACCAGGAUCAGCAGCUUCUCAUCAGCGGGCUGUAUGGAUCGGUGGCUCCGGUGGCGUGCCUGGUGUCUCUGCUCUUUGUGGACCGUAGCGGUCGAAAGAAGAUUCUGGUUUUCAGCGCUUCGCUGUUGUCACUCUGUUACCUGAUCAUCACGAUCAUUGCUGCCGUCUUUCCGGCUCGGCCGGGGUUUCCAACAGAUGAGGCAGCGUCAUUGCCUGCUGGAAAUAUUACGUACGAACCAGAAUUGGGCGAGGCAAACGACUGGGCGAGUUGGCUGACGGCACACCAGAUUUUUUUUGUCCUAACCAACGCGCUGUGUGCGAUGGUGUUUGCACUUGUGUAUCCAGAAACAAGAGGAAAAUCGCUUGAAGACAUGAGCGAGAUCUUUGGCGAUAUCAAGCGAAGGACGAAACCAGAGCUUGACGAAGUCCAUUCAAGUCCCUCGGGCAAGAAAGACAGCGGAAUCAGCGAGUAUGCCAUCGAGAAGACGGAAUCGAAGUAUCACCGAGACCGAAGAUCGGAUAGCUUUAGGGUGUGA